GUUGCAGCUGAGUUACCCCUGUGCCCCAGUGGUCGGGCUGAGGGGUCGGAGAGAGGGAGCUGCUCCUCGCUGUGGCCUCCCGCGUGUAACUCACUCACUGACUCUCCUGUAUGAUCUGCCUGAAGUCAUUUCUCUCUGUCAUCAGGUCGGGGAGGAGGAGGAGGAGUUCUGCUAAUACUCAGUUUGUUCACUAGAUCCCUGGCUGCCUGGCAUCGCCUCUCCCUGCCCGUCUCAAUUGAAGAGGCUUCUCCCCAACUGCCAGCAGCUUCCCCCCUGCCUGACAGCUGCACUUCCUUCCAGCCCUGCUGCACCCCCGUCCGACCCUCUCCCCCCCGACCCAGGAGAGGGGGGGUCUCACCCAGCUGCAUCCCCCCCCUCUCUCUCUCCUUCACUCUCUCCCAUUCUCUGCAAUUAGUCCUCUUUUAUUUUUUCUCUCCCCCUUUUUUCUGCAUUAUUCUUCAUCCCCCCCUUUUGUGUUUUUUUUUUUUCUGAUCUCCUUGAGAUCUUGGAUGGGAAUCAGGAAAUUUAGGAGCUUUGCGAGAUCCAUUCAAGAAAAGAGAAGAAGGAGGAGGAGGGAGAUCUAAGCCAAAUAGGAAGAAGCAGCAGAACAAACCCCAGGCAUUUUUAUUCUUCUUCUUAUUUGUGAUUUUUUUUCUUUUUUCGUGAUCUGGAUUGAAGAGGGAAAAAAAAAACCCCAUCAAUAUUAAAAAUUAAAAGGCUUUGGGAGAAGGCGGCGUGGACUGGAGGAGAGAUGCCCAGGAGGAAACAGCAGGCACCAAAACGGGCAGCAGGCUAUUUUCAGGAUGAAGAGGAUUUAAAAGGUGAUGAAAUGAAGGACGAUGACGAGGAAGAUGAUGACAGCAAUUCCACGGCUCAACAACAAGACAGCAUUUAUUCACCUACUGACGAAGAGCAGGAGAUAGGCGGGGAACUUAAGAGGAGUUUGGGCUACCAGAGUUCCCCAGGAAGUCAUCUAUGCAACCAAGAUGGGGAAAGUGAGUCUCUGGUCAGCGAUUCCAGCGAUAAAAUUAGCGACAUCAAAGGCCCAUCUACUAAAGAUGCUCAGGAUCCAAAAACCAGCCCUGCUCCAAGGCUUCAAGCAGAGGGGCAUGAUUGCAUGAAUAAAAUGAAGACAGCCUAUGCCAACAUAUUAUCAGAUUCCUACUGGACAAGUUUGGGACUUAAUGUCAAGGUGCCUCAUUCAGAGAGUAAAGUAUGCGAGAGUCGCAAUGGAGCUAGCAAAACGGACUUUGAUUGGCAUCAAGAUGCACUAUCCAAAAGUUUACAGCAAAACAUGCCUUCAAAGUCGAUGUCGAAGCCAAACCUUUUCAGCUCAGUCCAGUUGUACCGUCAAAAUGCAAAGAUGUACGGCACCGUCUUUACAGGCGCUAGUAGGUUCCGUUGCCGGCAGUGCAGUGCAGCUUAUGACACCUUGGUGGAGUUAACGGUACAUAUGAACGAAACGGGCCAUUACCAAGAUGACAACCACAAAAAAGACAAGCGUAUAUCAACCAGCUACUCCAAGCCAAGAAAAAGAGCUUUCCGUGAUAUGGACAAGGAAGACGCUCAGAAAGUCUUAAAAUGUAUGUUUUGUGGUGACUCGUUUGACUCUCUCCAAGACUUGAGUGUCCACAUGAUUAAAACGAAACAUUACCAAAAAGUGCCUUUGAAGGAACCCAUACCAUCACUCUCAAAGAUGGUAUCCCCAGCAAGAAAACGUGUGUUUGAAGCCACAAGGCCAUGCUCACCAGAUUCUACCACUGGUUCUUUUGGGGAUCAUGGCUCGUCACAUAAAAAUGGCAAUGUACAGCAAUCCUCCAACAAUCGUUAUGGGUAUCAGAAUGGUGCCAGCUACACCUGGCAGUUUGAAGCCUGUAAAUCUCAAAUUUUAAAGUGCAUGGAAUGUGGAAGUUCACAUGACACCUUGCAACAGCUUACUUCACAUAUGAUGGUUACUGGACAUUUUUUAAAAGUUACAAACUCAGCUUCCAAGAAGGGAAAACAGCUAGUCUUAGAUCCCCUUGCUGUAGAGAAAAUGCAAUCUCUGUCUGAAUCAUCUAAUGAUAGCCCAUCCAAGCCACCAACUAAUUCCCCGUCUGGUAGCUCAACGCCUGAGCCUAAGACAUGUAAAGAAAGUUUAUUGGACAAUUCAGAAGAUGGAAACAAAGAAGAAAAAUCAGAGACAAGUGAGGAACCUGAAGAUGCAGUAGAAAAACCAUUAGACCCUACUCUAAAAUAUCAGUAUCUGAGAGAAGAAGAUCUGGAUGAUGGAUCAAAAGAAGGUGGCGACAUCUUAAAGUCUCUUGAAAACACUGUAACCUCAGCCAUCAACAAGGCUCAAAAUGGAACUCCAAGUUGGAGUGCUUACCCCAGCAUCCAUGCUGCCUAUCAGAUCACAGAUGUCAUAAAGCCAUCGGUUUCCCUUGGUUCUCAAGUAAUGCAAAUGAGAAACACAUUCUCCAACAAAUUUAGGCCCAUUGCACCCAAGUGUAGAUCUGUUUCGCAUGUUCCAAACACGCCACCCGACCCCCAGUCAACCCAGGUAAAGGAAGAAUCAGAAGACAUGGAAGAUCAAAAAGAGACAACGGAAGACUCUGAAGCUACAGCAAUUGACAAAGAUGAAGACUCUCCAACAAUGCAAGUCUCUUGUGAGGCAACUGGGAGAGAAUCAAGCUGCACUGAGGAGGAAAAGCUAAAGCAAAACUGUGAGAAGGAAAAAGCAAGAAUCCAGGAAUCCAUGGAACCUUCACUCAGCAUCAGCGACUGCUCUGCAUUAAGAAGUUCUGCAAAUUGUUCUCCAGAUUUACCUUGUGUGAAUCCACUGAGUGCUCUACAGUCUGUUUUAAACAACCAUCUGGGAAAAGCCACUGAAUCACUAAGGCCUCAAGCCUGUUCAAACUCCAGUUCAAAAACAGUCAGCAUGUUCCCCAAAUUAACUAGGAGCAAAAGUGAAAGACCAACUGCAUGUCUAACGCCUCCACGUCCAGUAGGCAGCUAUUUAUUUGAUGCCAAUGACCAGCCCAUAGAUCUUACCAAAUCAAAAAGCAAGCGAUUACAGUCGGCAAAAGCACAGUCUUGUACAUCUCCACCUCAAAAGCAUGCUUUGUCUGACAUAGCGGACAUGGUCAAAGUUCUACCCAAAGCCACCACCCCAAAGCAUGCUGCCCCUGCAAGAAUAGCUCCAAUAAAGAUAGAGAUGGAUGCCAGGAGCCUUGAGGAUGUUUCAUCUGAGGUCUCCACGUUACAUAAGAGAAAAGGCAGACAGUCCAACUGGAAUCCUCAGCAUCUUCUCAUCCUCCAAGCCCAGUUUGCCUCAAGCCUUUUUCAGACUUCAGAGGGAAAGUAUCUGCUCUCGGACCUCGGCCCUCAGGAACGCAUGCAGAUUUCGAAAUUUACAGGACUUUCUAUGACAACAAUCAGCCACUGGUUGGCCAAUGUCAAGUAUCAACUUCGAAAGACGGGGGGGACUAAGUUUUUAAAAAACAUGGACAAAGGGCACCCCAUGUUUUAUUGUAGUGACUGUGCAUCCCAGUUUAGAACACCGUCCAGCUACAUUAGCCAUUUAGAAACCCACCUUGGUUUCCAAAUGAAAGAUAUGAACAGGUUGGCCACUGAACAGCAAACUAAGGUAGAAAAGGAGAUUUCAAGGGUAGCGGCUCAACGGUCACCUCAGUCCAUAGCCGGCGACGAGGAAACAGACUGUAAGUUCAAAUGCAAGCUCUGCUGUCGGACAUUCGCCAGCAAGCACGCGGUGAAACUGCAUCUGAGUAAGACUCACAGCAAGUCGCCGGAAAACCAUUCGCAGUUUGUGUCCGAAGUGGAUGACGACUAGUUUGUAUAUCAUGCAUUUAAUCUGCCGUCCGCUUCUUUGGCUGUACCAACAGGACGGGGCCACUGGGCUUUCAUAGAAGUAGUCGACUUUACUGAACAUGUAAAGGUGUUUGUAUGAUGUAUAUAUAUUGGGCUACUUUGCAUUAUGCUGGAAAGGAAGCUCCCUACACACAUACAUUUUAUUUAGUUUGGGUUCUGUAAAUGCUGCUAUUAAACUUCCGACUUAAACUUCUCCUUCAACGACCUUGUGGACUUCAACAAUAAAAUAGAGUUCAGCGUCCUCUAUGAAAGCGAUACAAUCAAAGCACCGUGGGCAUGGCACAGUGUUUCCCUUUAGGAUUUGUCUUGCAUUUGUUGGCAGAGAAGUUCCUGCUCUUCUUAUAUAAAUAUUUACUAAAUAAAAGUUGGAUUUUUUGGCUUUA